GUUUCUGUUAGAAUAUUGAGAACGACUGAGAGGAGAAGGACGAAGCGAUAGUGGAUAGACAUGGUGGGGCGAAACGGAGUCAAGAAUAUUCUGCUCUUGUACGCGAUCUGCUUCAUUAGUCACUUCAAAAGUGUGAGCACGGUGGAUUCUCAUGUCUCGAAUUCGGAACUAAUGCAUUUGUUGAACUUGCAAACGAGGAUCGCAGAGAGAAUUCUUAAGGAGGAUGACGAGGACGAGACCGGCGACGUUCAAAUCAGCUUGGGCACGAUUCGUCACCAGAGACAACGAGUCCAUCAAAUAUGUAAGCAAUUCUUGGAUCUCCUUGGCUCAUAUUCGGAGCAAACUAAUGGAUCCAACAAGAAAGAACAAAAGGAGAGAGAAAGAAUGAUAGAAGAAAGUCAAAGUAACAGCAUCAGGACUCGAGGGUGGUUGGGUCUUUUUUCCAAUUACAUCUCGCAUCCGCUCAAUCUAUUUCUGAUGUUUAGUCAUUGGCUGGAAAGUUUUCCUGUGUGGCGUGAUUAUCUGAUUUCUUCGAGCAAUCAAACGCGCAGAGAUGAGAUUACCGAGAUGCUGGAAUUGUUUCCCACCAAAUCAGAUUUGGAUCACUUUGCUUUGGCCGUGAUUCGUCUCCAGCAUAUGUACGACUUGGAUGCUGCGGAAUUGGCCUCAGGGCGAGUUCAGAACAUCUCAGCCUCGAGGCCAUUGACCAAGGAGGAAUGCUUUUUCCUGGCUGACACGGCAUUUCAGAGUGCUUUGAAAUCGCAAUUUGUUGACUGGUAUCAAUCUUGCGAGGCUUUAUUUGUAUCCUUCCAUGUGGAGCAGCGGGCUCGACGAGUGGACUUUGAAGAAAAGCUCGAGAAAAUCGACUCUUUCCUGAAAAGUUUCAGCCGAACCAGCACCAAUCUCCAAAGGUUGCCAGUAAAAAUCGAGGACAAAGAAGACGAGGAAGAAAGAAGCGACGACGUCAACGGAAAAAGGGGACCAGAAGAGCGAGAAGAAGAUGCGUCCUGGGCUUCAGUCUUACGUCAGAAGCUUCCGAUCAAUAUCGUCCACGGUUUUGCUCACCACCACGAGCUGCCGCCGAGCGGGGAUGAGGUUAAACCAGAUUGGACAAAUUCUGACCGAACUCUCAAAGUUUUCGAGGCUUACAAGAAACUUUGUCAAUUACGGGAAGGACUGGAAUUCGAAACCAGCCUCGUGCCCUCCACGAGCCAAGAGGUCUGUUUUUUUCAUCACGCUAAUGGUGAGAAUAGAGAUACGCGGCAGAUCAGGGCGUCCGCCAUCGAUCCCUACAAGGCUGAGAUCCAUUCCACCGACCCUCUCAUUGUGUCCUUUCAUGACGUCAUCAGUGAACGCGUUAUGAGGGAGCUCAUCCUCAGUGGAGAGUCGCGACUGGAGAAACCGCGCUCCUUUUCAAGCUUAACGGGACGAGUCCAGGAAACGGCCAGUCGAUCGGGAAAAGUCGGCUUCUUGACCGAGGGACACUCAGAGAUCGAACAGAUCGCUCAAGCCAUUACUUCGCUCGACAUAGCUCACACGGAGCCUAUUCAAAUCGUUUCCUAUGGAGUCGGAGGCCAUUAUGAACCUCAUGUGGACUACUUCGGGGAGAGCUUAGUUCCAUCCGAUGGGGACCGUUUGGCCACCUUACUUUUCUAUCUCAACGAUGUUCAAGGGGGCGGAUCGACCGUGUUUCCCACUCUCGGCUUAGCCAUACCUCCGAGGAAGGGAUCCGCUUUGCUUUGGUAUAACCUGUACAAAAAUGGUCAAGGAGACCCAUACACGUUGCACUCGGGCUGUCCGGUGUUAUUGGGAUCGAAAACAAUUGCCAAUAUUUGGUUUCGUUCGCACGGACAAGAGUUUCGCCGCCCAUGUGCGUUGGAUCCCGAGGCUUAG